AUCAUUCUGUUACCUUUUUUAAGAUAAUGCAGAAACCAUAAUAAUUAACCUUGAGCUGUAUGCAAAAACAGGAUUUUUUUGUAUUAUGGCGGAAAAGUCUAACUAUGAAGCAAUGGAGGAUAUCACUGGGAGUUUAAUAUUCAAAUUUAGAAGCCUGCGAUUGGCGGGAGGUUUAUCAAGCCGCCCAAUUCUGACCAAAGAGAUCUUCAUACGUUGAACAAAAGCACCCAAUAGAAAGACAAUACAGUCCUCCGGCUUGACACGAGCUUUCUAUAAAAACCCAGAACAGCGCGUAAACUUUAUUCAGUUAUUCUCUGAAGUAUUCAAAAUGCCUGAACCAGCGAAGCCAGCGCCCAAGAAGGGCUCCAAGAAAGCGGUAACCAAGACCGCUGGUAAAGGAGGAAAGAAGCGCAAGAGGACCAGGAAGGAGAGCUAUGCUAUCUAUGUUUACAAGGUAUUGAAGCAGGUUCAUCCUGAUACCGGAAUUUCCUCAAAGGCGAUGGGCAUCAUGAACUCGUUCGUCAACGACAUCUUCGAGCGCAUCGCCGGUGAGGCGUCUCGUCUCGCUCACUACAACAAGCGCUCCACCAUCUCAUCUAGGGAGAUCCAGACCGCCGUGCGUCUGUUGCUGCCCGGAGAGCUGGCCAAACACGCCGUGUCCGAGGGCACAAAGGCCGUCACAAAGUACACCAGCUCCAAGUAAAACGCUGAAUCAUUUUCAGCCACCCCAAAGGCUCUUUUAAGAGCCACCCAUACUAUCUGUUAAAGAGCAUUCUGCGUCUUGAUAUAUAUCAACAGUGUUAAUGACGUUUGUGUAAAAGGUGAAGUAGCAUGUUUAAAGCAGGAUUGUUUUGUGACUUCUACAGUGCAACAAUCACAGCAGGAUAAAAAUGAUUAAAAGCAGACUUGACUUAUGCAAAUGUAGUAUCAUUACACAAUAUUUUAAUCAUUUUGUACAAAUUGUAAUGUGAACCAAGUAUGUUAAUUAAGUUAAUAAAUCAGAUUUAUAAUUAAAUUUGAGGCUUAUGAUUGUGUUUGGGUCUCAACCUCCUACAAUCCCCUUUCAUGAUCUACUUUACAUCAGGCAUGAUUAUUUACCAUAAUUUGACAAAAAUAUGAACUUAAGUUAGAUUUGA